AUUUAGAAGUGUUGGUUUCCACAUUCGCCGAAAUUGACCUGUUCGUCGCAACUAUGUCUUCCGAGCAAGUCUCUGCAACGUCGAUGAUGGAUAUGACCUUGGCUCUUUUUGUUUUCAAGAUUUUUGAAAAAAUAUUUAAAUGUGGCGGGAGUUGAGGUUGCGCGUGGCAUGACUGCUCGUGAAUUCCCAAGGCCACAUGGAUCCCACCGGAGCGGAAUGAUCACAACGUGGAACGGAAGAUGUGGGUUUCGCGAACAACUACACCGAGUGAGGUGAUGAUAAAGUCGAUAGUCUGACAGCCGGCAUAUUUAUAUUAUAGCGGGGAAGAACCUCGUUUUAGCGGAUAGCUUUAGCAGAUCACGAGAUUGAUCCAGCGAUCGCUGCAUCACAAACAGCACUGGUAGUAUGUUUUUCUUUCGAGCUGUGGCUCUUGCGCUUUGGUUUUCCUUUAUAAUAGAAUGCCUUGGACAUACUCAAUUCGGGCUUGAGGAAAGAGCGUAUACCUGCACCGUUGCUGCAAACGGUGAUGGCUCUGACGAUACUCAGAAUAUCCUCGACGCCUUCGAAGAGUGCAACAAGAGUGGCAGGACCAUUAUUUUCUCGAAAGAUACGACCUACUAUGUCAAUCAGGUUAUGAACACGACUAGUCUCAAUAAUGUUACCAUUGAUAUUUAUGGUACACUGCUGUGGAGCACGGAUACAGACUACUGGCUUAAUAAUUCUAUGCCAGUGGGAUACCAGAAUCAAUCUACUGUUUGGUUUCUAGGUGGAAACAACCUAAAGGUCAAUGGACACGGUACGGGAACCAUCAAUGGCAACGGUCAGACCUGGUACAACCUGGUGAAGGGAAUAUCGAACUACCCCAAUCGACCUAUGGGCUUGACCAUAUGGGGUGCCAAGGACUCAGUCUUCUCGGGUCUCACCUUCCUCCAAAGCCAGAUGUGGACAAUGGCUAUCAUACACUCUGAGAACAUCCUUCUCGAAAACUUCAACGUGAGCUCUCGCACAAACAAUGGCUACCCAGCUCGGAACACAGACGGUGCAGACUUGCUGUUCUCAAACAACGUCACCUUCAGAGGUUGGACAGUGAAUAAUGGGGACGAUUCCAUUUCUCUAAAGGCGAACUCGACCAACGUACUUGUGGAAGACUGCUACUUUGAGAGAGGACUAGGUCUGGCUUUGGGCAGCAUUGGCCAGUACGUCGACCAGUUUGAGACGAUUGAAAAUGUGACAGCACGCAAUAUUCGCAGCAACAACACGUUGCAUACGGUUUACUUCAAGACCUGGACUGGCGAACAAGUUGGUUAUCCGCCGAACGGAGGCGGAGGUGGCCUAGGUUACAUUAGUGGCAUCUCCAUCGACGGAUGGGAGGCCACCUACCUUCGCGACGCUGCUGUCUUGAUUACUCAAUGCACUACGUUUUCUGGGACGGCGGGAGACUGCAACAGCUCGAAGUUUCAGCUCAAGGAUAUUACCGUCAAGAACGUUUCCGGAUCUAGCGCUUCUAGCUACGUUGCAAACCUUCAGUGCAGUGAGGACUCUGGUGGUUGUAUAGACAUUGAAAUCGACGAUGUCGACUUGGUUGAUACUGGCACGGGUGACGACGUGGCCGGCUACAAAUGUAAAAACAUCGUCGAUCCUAUUGGGUUCGAUUGUUGAUCUUACACGGAAGCAGGUUGAACGACAUAUAUGGCUUGCAGAUGUGGUAGGCAGGCAGCCUUGAUAUCCACCUUGAUAGGUAUGGAGCUUGCUAGGAUUGCUUGCAUAUUUUGUAAGACUAAUUAUAUUGAUAAAGAUGAAAUGUCUGAAGACGGAAUAUUGGACAUCGAUUGGCUUGGAAAAUUGGCCUUAAAUACUCAAGAUAUCUUUGAA